GUUCUUUAUAAAUCGAUCGGUUGGUCAAUAAGAUAUUGCAUAUAGUACUUAGUAAUCCUUUAAAUUAUAAAGUUCUUUACAUAAUUUUGGUAUUGCAUCAUAAAAUUCUACUUAAAUUUCUAAAAUGGAAAAUAUGUACAGUACAUCUGGAGAAAGAGAGACUGAUGAAAUACUUUUACAGCCAUUCACAUACAUCAUGCAAGUCCCUGGAAAACAAAUAAGAGCAAAACUAGCGUUAGCAUUCAAUUAUUGGUUAAAAAUACCCACUGAUAAGUUAGCUGUUAUUGGAGAUAUUGUUCAAAUGUUACAUAAUUCUAGUCUUUUGACGGAUGACAUACAAGAUGAUUCAGUUUUGAGAAGAGGAAUACCUGUUGCACAUUCCAUUUAUGGGGUAGCUAGUACCAUUAAUGCGGCGAACUACAUGUCAUUUGUUGCCUUGGAACGAACAUUAAGUUUAGGGCACCCAAAGGCAACAACUGUGUAUACUGAGCAAGUUCUUGAACUUCAUCGUGGACAAGGAAUGGAAAUAUAUUGGAGAGAUAACUAUACUUGUCCUACAGAGGAAGAAUAUAAAAAAAUGACUAUUAGAAAAACUGGAGGCUUAUUUAUGUUAGCUAUUCGUCUUAUGCAAUUAUUCAGUGAAAAUGAAAAUGAUUUUACUAAACUAACUGGAAUAUUAGGCUUAUAUUUCCAGAUACGGGAUGACUAUUGCAAUCUAUGUCUACAAGAAUAUUCAGAAAACAAAAGUUACUGUGAAGAUUUAACUGAAGGAAAAUUCAGUUUUCCUGUUAUUCAUGCUAUUCACAGUCAUCCAGAAGACAGUCAAAUAAUGAAUAUUUUGAGACAAAGGACAAAAAAUAUUGAAGUAAAAAAAUAUUGUGUAAAGCUGUUAAACAAUUAUGGCUCUUUUGAACAUACCAGGAAAGUAUUGACGCAGCUGGACAAUGAUGCAAGAAAAGAAGUAGAGCAACUUGGUGGUAAUCCAUUAAUGCUUAAAAUACUUGAUGAAUUAUUAACAUGGAAUUAUAAUUUUGAUGAAAAAAAUGUUAAAAACUAAAUUAUAUUUAAGCAAGAUUCAAUUAAAAUUUUUACUAGUUGAUUCCUUGAAAUAUAAUUUUAAUUCAAUGUAAAAAUGUACUUAGAAUGAAUACCAUUUAUUGUUUAUUAUGUAUUAUUUGAUGAGAGUUAAUGAGAAAAAAACAUUUUUUACAACUGUUUCAUUUAUAAAAAUAACAUAUGUGUUAUUACUCUUAUAAUAUUAUGUUAUCUUAAUUUAUUUAGUACUUAAAUAAUAAGAUUAAAGGUGUUAUGUUAUAAAUUUAAAAAUUAUAGUCUUCCAUGAAAUUAAGGAUAUAUGAAUAUUUAUUAAAUUUUUAUUUAAAUUAUAGAUAUAUUAUGUUUAGUUGACUCCGAAUUAAACCAUGUUGUGCUAUAAAUCAAUAUGAUUUAUUUAAUAUUUUAUGGCACAUUGAUGGUUUAGUAGGAACUAUAAUUUAAUUAAAUUAGUACUUAUUUAUUUAUUUGUAUAGGUCAUCAAUAAUUGUGAGUCAUAAAAGUGAUAUAUAACUAGUACACUAAUACACUAGUUCUUAUUUAUAAAAAAUACCUUUUGUGUUCUUUUGGAAAAAUAUAUGUUAUGUGCUUA